AUGAACUUUAGAAUGAGCACUUUAAUCUACAACAUAAGCCGCGGCAGUGGAACAACUAAUGAUUGGCAACGAUAUAAUUUUGUGGAUCGAUAUCAUUCCGAUUUUACCGAUAUUAUAAUAUCAAGGUGGCAGCCAACUAGUAUAGCUGGUAAGAGUGGCUGCGGCACCAGAAGAGGCAGUCCAUUACCGCUGUCUAGAGGAAUUUUGUGGUCCGUGAAACAGCAGCAUCAACACCGCCACCAAAUGAUUAUUGACGGUGAAGUUUUCGCUGAUAAAAUAAUGUUUUGA